AUGCUGGAUGAAUUCGUAGCCACAGCAACAGACUUAAUGAAAGAAGAUGGUGCCCGUGCUCUGUACAAAGGGACAGGGGCGACACUCUUGGCCACCAGCGUGAUGGGUUUCACCAGCUUCGGGCUCAAUGAAUUCUUCAGGCGCAGCUUGGAGAAAUGGAGCGGAGAUCCCUUUGGUGAGGCAGGUGCCCCGAUCGUUCUGGCUGCAUCCAUUUCAUCCGUCUUUGUUUCAGCACCUGAGAUGCACUUCCACUUGGUGUACUGCCAGACGCGUCAUGGCACUCCCUUUUCUUUGCUUUUGACUUUGGACCAGACUUUGAGGCAUCUUUUGGGAUUGAGAAUGGGAGGCAAGAAAGCACAAAGUGAGGAAGAUGCAAGAAUGAUCAAGAAUGAUCAAGAAUGUCAUGCAGCUGAGACAUGCUUAGACUAG